GGUAAAAGCUUUAGUUUUUUUUACGUUGCAGGAAGGCGGUGACCAUCUCAACUCCCCCCCGAACUGGGCAGUACUGGCAGUACUGGCAGUACUUUCAAUCAACAUUGAAUUGGAAUACUUUACUUUCCUAAUCCAACCAACCAACCAACUAACCAACCCAUAAUUCAUAAUUUCCUAACCGGCACGCCGUAGACGAAGGAGCUGUCUCCAAUUCAACAGCGAUGACUUCGUCCAACGCUGCUGCGGCUGAGGCCGAUACUAUUCAACCUUUACAAUAUCGCUCUCCUCCUCUGCCUUUUCCUUCUUCUCCUUCUCCGCUAAGUCUGCCGACUGCAGCCGCGCCCGCAUCCACAUCUACAUCUACAUCCACAUCAACAUCAACAUUAACUCCAAUACCAAACUCGAACCCAGACCCAGACCCAGACCCAAGCCCAGUACCGGUAUCAGCACCGAUAUCUGCACCCGUAUUAGCACCAGCACCAGCACCUAUACCGAUCCCCGAUACAGACCCCAAUCCCCUUGAUGCUAUUCCCAAUGCGAAUGCGCCUAUACCUAUCUCGAAUAACCAAGACUAUUACCAUUACCGCGAUGACCCUCACGAGAUUCACUCUAUGCCUUCGCCCCCUACUGUGUCUCCACUGUCCACGCCCGCCGCGACACAAGUCAAUAUUGGCGAUAAUGACGAUGUACCCGAACUCUCGACUGAACAGCUGCCACCUAUGAAUGGCGCAAACGACCCGUCUUCUAUGGUUCAACUGGCCUCUGCCAACCUCAGCUUGGCUACUCAAACCUUUGGCAUGAAACUUGGUCAAGCUCAAAUGCUAGACCAGCCUGAUCGUCGUUCGCGCACCCAGCUGGAAGCUGUCGCGACUACCGAUCCCGAGCCCUCCAACGCAGAUUUUUCAUCCCGGAACAUGACCAACAACAUGCCGAAUCCUCAGGCUACGGUCGAUCCGAAUGCGUACAUGAUGAACCUCGCCCAGGCCACAUCUACGCUUUUUCAAAACCCGGGUCCUGCUAUUGUAGCACCUUCCGAGGUGUCGCUACAAGCUUCCUUCACGCAAGAGAGCGAUGCGUUGACGACAAGCGCCGACCACACGUCUACUAGCGUCAGCCAAAAAUUGGAGUCUUUUGCCAGGAUAGAAUUUGCCGAUAGUGUUUUUCAGAUGACAACGUAUGCCGUCAUCAUUGGUCGCGACCAGAGAGCUAUGGAUCAGGCUCGGAGGGAUGAGAAGCGGGAGUUGGCUUACAGACGGAAAGUGGAAGAAAAUGCUAGGAAUGGAUUGCCGCCUCCAACGCCCCUUAACGUUGACCGAGGCAAAUUUAGUAAAUCCUAUGUCAGUGAAGAAGGUGGUAUGCUUGGUCCUGAAUCGGAUGGAGAGGAUAAUGCCCGCCCCGUCAAGAAACGUCGACCGAGCUCGGCGCAUAGAUCACAAAAUGGCGAUGAUGAUGCUCAGAGUGACCAUGUCAAAUCGAAUAGACAAUAUGUCUCACAUACACCCGGAGCUGCCGCGGUUGACUUGGGCACAUUGCAGCCAUCGCCAUCACAUAUACCAUUUGUUGGUAUCCAUUCGCCCGGGCCGGAUAUUGCGAGCAAAACUCGUGGUAUCUCAAGGCAGCAUCUGAAAAUUGAGUAUAAUGAGAAGAAAGGUGUCUUUGAAGCUGUCGCCCUGCACAAAAAUGGCUUCUUCUGCGACGACACACAUUAUGGGCUUGACGAUCCCGUUACCCUCCGAAGUGGAGACCGCCUCCAAAUCAAGGAUGUGGAAUUUAUUUUUGUUCUCAAUGGUGUCGUGCUCGGUAAGACCGGUGGCGAACAGUACCAUGAAGAAGAAACGUCGAGCAAGCGUAUGUCUAUCGGAGGUAAAGAGAUGAGCUUUGAUUUUGAACAUUCCGAUCAUGAGAAUUUCCGAGACACAAGUGACGAGCUAUCCGAGAUAGAGAACGUACCAACACCUGUCCUUGGCUCUGAUGAAGGCGAAAGAGACAAUGAAGCCGCUGAAGAAGAACAUUCUGACAUGGGUGACGAGCCUAAUGUUGAUGUAGUUGAGUCAGCUGAGAUCCAGGAUGAGAUUCAAGAUGAGAUUGAAGACCAAGACCAAGACCAAGACCAAGAUCAUGGCCAUGAUCCGUCCCAACCCCAGUUUGCGACGCCUGACAUGCCCAAACGUCGUGGACCGGGUAGACCACCGAAGGAUGGUAUAAUGUCAAAGAGAGAGCGACGCCUACUCAAGAAGCAGAUGCUAGAAACUUCUAAGAAGACUCUUCCUCAAGACCCACAAGGGGACAAGAUCAAACGGCCAGUGGGACGUCCUAGAAAGAAUCCAGCGCCGGAGGAGGGAGAAAAACCGGAGAAGAGGAAAUACAACAAACGAAAGUCGAAAGAAGAUGGCGACGAAGGCUCCGAUGCGGAAAGACGAGCAAAGGAGAAGAAGGAGAAGAAGGUCCGGCCGAAAUCUCCACCUCUAGAACUUCGAAAAGAGGAUUUCACUGAGGAGCAACUUCAAAAGCCUACGAAGAAUUACGGCGUUCUAAUAGACGAGGCCUUGACGAACGGGCCCCCUGAUGGCCUUACACUGAAGCAAAUCUACAAAAGGAUCAUGUCGAAGUACCCCUGGUUUUAUUUCUCUGCGGAGACUAAAGGAUGGGAGAGUAGUGUUCGGCAUAAUUUGAUUGGGAACGAAGCCUUUAAGAAAGCUGAAGGUACCGGGUUAUGGUCUCGUGUUCCCGGGGUGGAGCUCGAUGCCGGAAAGAAGCGUAAAGCAAGCUCCCCUGACCGACAGCUUGGUCCGCCGCAUCUUCAUACGCACUUGCAAACGCAGCAGUAUUACCAGAAUGGUUCUUAUCUGCCAGGUAGCAACGGCGGUUUUGGACACAAUCUACCAAAUUACACAGCCGAUAUCAAGCACCCACAGACGGGAUAUCAUGCUUCUCCUAGUCAACCUAAUCAUUCCCAUAUAUCGCCAUCUUCUCAACCGAUCACUCAACAAGCAUAUCCUACACAUGCUCCAGCACCUGCACAAUUACCUCCUGUGUAUCUCUCCAGACAGCCUAACAACACACACCAGAGUACAUAUAGUUCUCCUUACGCGAAGCCGCCUCCCCAGUCCAAUCCCUCUAUCAAAUCCGAAGUCUCUUCAGCUCCUAAUCCACAGACUUUACCGGCCGCCCCAGUGCAGCUGCCCACGUCUCACCCCUUAUCUCAACAGCAGCAGCACCAACAACAGCCGGUAUCCAACACGCCGAACAAUGUAGUGCGGCCACCGCUGUCGGCGGAGAUCGAACAGGCUAUAGCUAAAUUCAGAGAAAAGGUGACGGACGCUCUUUCUAAGCAAACUAAUCAAGCUCCCCAGAUCAUUGACUCUGCCAUCAAUCGGGCGCGAGGGUUACCAGCCCAGACCAGUGUGCCUGCUGGGUUUGAACCGGUUGAGAAAUCACUGAUGAAUGCGGUACAAAACAUGAUCAGUGAGAUACAAGCCAAGCAGCAGCCUCAGACGACAUCUGCUUCACCCGCUCCAGCAAUGUCCAACGCUGUGAAGCCUACACCAACUCCCAGUGCACCAACCCAGAGCCCGGCACCCACGGCAACGGUGGAAGCUGAAAUACAACGCAGAGUCAAGGGUUUCAGGGACACGAUGAUUGUCGCUCUUAGAAAGAAGACAGAUCAAGCAGAGGCUAUCGUAGACUUGGCGAUCAACCGAGCACGAGGCAUGCCAAAUUCUGGUCCAAUUCAAGGGUGGGAAGAGGCAGACAGAUUGAUGGUCAAAUCAGUCACGCAGAUCAUUGCUGAUGCGCGUAGAGCCCAUAGCCUCCAAGUGCAACCUACACCUCUCGCAUCUGUCAAUGCUGCUCCGCCAACAAAUUCGUCUCAGCCUCCACAGCAAGCUCCGUCUGCAUCACCCGCUCUAGCACCAUCACCAGCCCCUAUGGCGGUAGCGGCUCAGGCUAGCCAAGCAGCACCAGCUAAUCAACCCAGUACACAACUUUCCCAGGCAACUCCAUCGUCUAUACCGAAGCCAGCGCCGCCGUCGUUCCCCCGUCCUGGAGUUUCGAUUCAACGCCCGACGCCAAUGGGUAUCUCGCGACCCGGAGCAAAUUCAAUAUCGCGACCCUCCAUUGCUCGGAAAGAUUCGGGGACUGCAUCGUCUGUACCGAGCCCAAGUGUAGCAACACCUACGCACAGUAUUCCCAGCCCCGCGCCACCAAGCGCGGGCGUCGUUGACCAGAUUGCAGGGCAGAAGCGGCAACAUAGCGAUGCAUUCAGCAAUGGUAAUGGAGGUUUCGAGCAAUCUCAACCUGUUGCAAAGGCUGCCAUGCACUCUCAAACGCCACAGAUCUCUGCUCCGGUACCGCCCAGUGCAAAUGUAGUUGAACAGGUUGGACAGAAAACGUUACAUGAAGAGGGACUUGGCCAUGGGAACGAACGUGCUGGACAGCCUGAACUAGCGGCGAAGCUUGUUGGACCAGCACCGGCAUCCACACCUACGCCUAUACCUGCAUCUGCACCUCCACUUCCACAUCCACAUCCACCCGCAAUCAUGCAUGCACCCACACCUAAUAUAUGCAGCCCAGCACCACCUAGUGCGGGAGUGGUUGACCAGAUUGCCGGCCAGAAGAGACAUUUAGACGAAGGACCUGGUGGAGGCAUGGAACAGCCGGAGGCAAAAAGGGCUGCUCUUUCUCCUACAUGAUGAAUAUUUUGUAUGCGAAGUCACGCCCAUAAUUAGGAACUAAGUACUUAGGCUUAGUCUUAGGCUAGUAAUGUGUCCUGUCCUGUACUUAGAAGAAGAAGAAGCGAAAUGGUUGUACGAUGGGAUCUUUCGCAUAGCGAAGUUAGACAGCCACUUACUUGCUUACCUCCUCCCACCCCCUUUUUUUUUAAUACCCAACCAUCAACCACCAUCCCUUUUUUGUUGCUGCUACUGGUGUAAUUAAAAGGGAGAAAGUCAAAAAUGUUAACCUCGAACUCUGUUUUACUACCUGCCCUAUGUGCCCUGUGUUUAUGUUUAUGUGAGGCUUUCGUGCUACGUGCCUAGGGUUAGUGUGUGUGCGUGUGUGUGUGUGUGUGUGUGUGGUGAUUUGGGAUACUAUGAUUGUGAUGCCGGCUUUGAUCUCGAUUUCGAUUUUAGUGAUAGACAAUGCUUAAUCUUUUGA